CGGACCGCCACGCCGCCAACUUCAAGGGCACCUCCACGGAACGGACGCCCUAUAAAAGCACCGGAGACAGUGUGAGAAUCACACACUCACUGGUCAACCCUCCCAGCGUCCGGAGAACUCCAAACUGCAGAGAUGAACGCCAAGCUUGCGCUGCUGUGUCUGGCUGCCCUGGUGGCUGUUGUCUCUGCUAGCGGACACGGAUACGGAUACGGAUACUCCGGAUACCGCUCCGCCCCUGCCCACUACGGCGGAUACCGUCGUGCCGGAUACGGCUACGGUAGCUAUCGUGGCUACGGCAGCUACGCCCCUCGUAGCUACGGCUACCACGGCCGCCACCGCCGCUCUCUGGGCUACAACUCCUACGGAUACGGAUACGCUCCCCGUAGCUACGGAUACGCCUCCCGCUCGUAUGGAUACGCUCCCCGCGCCUACGGAUAUGGAUACGCUCCCCGUUCCUACGGAUACGGAUACCGCUCCGCCUACUACCACUAAGUAUGUCUUUUCUUCCGUGCUCUUGACCUGUCUGACUUUGAACAAGUGAAAAUACACUGAUGAUCAUUUGAUGCAAUAAA